AUGCAGAGAAACAUCAUUGUCACGUCUAAGACCCCAGUGAUGCCAUUCAACGCGAAAGCCUGGGCCUUCAAGCCAGAGUCCGAGCAUGACACGAAGAAGAAAACCGACGACGAUCGAGGCACUACGUGGGAUUACAUAAAGAUGACACUGAUGUACAUCUACGCGACACACAUCGUCUCCAACGCCAUAGCCGGCAGCAUCCGGACCGGUUCUAUGAUGUACCUCAUCGAAACCAUGACCUACACCGUCAGGUCUGUCGUCUCAACGGUCACGACAACCUACUGCUUUGUAAAGCGUGGCGAGAUCAACGAAAUCGCGCAAGAACUGCAGACCUUCGAAGGUCCGGAGCCCACCGAGCUCAUACAAAAGGCCUCUAGGAAGAGAAAGUACCUCCGUUUUUCCAUAUUGUGCUACAGUUGUCUUCUCAUAGCCAUGACAUCCCUGUUCUUCGUUCUCGUGCCAGCGCAAAAGUAUUUUGACAAGUGUUUCUACGGCAUUAAUCUGGAGAAAGCGGGAAUUCCCAACGCCCCGGCAAUCAUGAUCGGGCUCAUCGAGUGGAACUCUUACAACAUCAUAGUCACUGGGUCGCCCUUGCUCAUGACCUGGUACAUGUACCUCUGCGAUCACCUCCGAGCCCAGAUGCUUUAUUUCAGGGUUUCGCAGAGAGGCAUCCUGGACAGCGGACCACUGAACCUGGCGAAGUUCAAGAGGAUCCAAUUCAUGUGCGCCAAGAUGAUCGACGUGGAACGCCGACUGGACAAUCUGUUCGCUCCGGUCCUUUUUCUCUGGAUCGUGGACCUCCUCGUGAAUAUCGUGCUACCCAUACGCACUCUCGUUAACGGUAUUGCCUCGUUCACGCUCGCCAACGUGAUGUCCUUCUUCAUCGAAGUCAUCUACUCGGUCUCGUUCUUCAUGAUCUUGUCCUUCUCCCUGGCUCAGGUGGACAAAGAGUACAGGGAUCUGGACGAAGAGAUGUACCGGGUGAGAAAUUCUGUGCCCGGCGAAGACUGGCAGCUCUGUCAGCAGGUGGUACACAUGGAGACCGGCAUCAAGUCAUCCAGGUUCACGCUGACCGGCUGGGGCCUCUUCGAAGUGGACAGGUCCUUCAUCCUGACCAUCGUGGGAGCUGUCGCCACGUACACGGUGGUUCUGAUACAGCUGACGCCUGGAGAAGAGACUUACUAA